CCCUAAGCUUCACACUUCUGAUAUCCCUUAAGCAUCUUCUUGUCUUCCAAAACUUACUUUAGGAAUGUAGAGCUAAUGAAUCCGUCAUGUUGACUUCUUCUUAUUCUGGCUCUAGUCGCACCCAAGCGCGGGUGAUUUGAGGAACAUACCUAGGUUUCUAGUGUACAAGCUAAAUAGGUGACGCGCAUACCAACGCCUGCGGCUUGCCGGCUCCACCGGUGUGCGAAAGAGGGCCGAAAAAAUCGUACGGUUAACAUACCUAUCGAAGGGAGGAAAUCAAUAAUUGCCGCAAUUUUUGCCCCCGUAUCGUCUGGCCUUAAAGCCUUACCUACCUAGCACCUAGCUCUUCCGUGUGCACCAUGGAUCCUCUGGUCGCAGCCGAGCUAACCAAGUGCGCCGACGACGGCGUCCCCUUCCGCGCGAAGGAGGGCCACGUCCACAGCACCUGGGCCAAGACCUUCCUGUCGCGGCCGGAGCUCUACUUGCAGCCGGAAUCGCUACCCGAGAUCGAGAAGAUCGUGCGGCUAGCGCACACGUGCCGGCGCCGCAUCACGACGACCGGGUGCGGGCACUCGCCCAGCUCGCUGACGUGCACCUCGUCGUGGCUCGUCAACCUGGACAAGUACAACCGCAUCCUGUCCGUCGACGCGGCGACCCACGUCGUCGUCAUGCAGUCCGGCAUCCGGCUGUACGCGCUGUGCGAGGAGCUCGAGAAGCACGGGCUCGCGAUGCCGAACCUGGGCAGCAUCAACCAGCAGUCGAUCGCGGGCGCCAUAUCCACGGGGACGCACGGCUCGAGCCUGCGCCACGGCCUCAUGUCCGAGGACAUCCUGUCGCUGCGCGUCACCGUCGCCGACGGCACGACGCGGUUCUGCUCCCCGGACGAAGACCCGGAGCUCUUCCGCGCCGCGCUCCUAUCGCUCGGCGCGCUGGGCGUCAUAACCGAGGUCGCGUUCCGCGCCGUGCCCGAGUUCACGCUGCGGUGGCGGCAGACCAUCGACGCCGACGCCAAGAUGCUCAGCGCCUGGGACUCGGGCCUCUGGACGCAGGCCGAGUUCGUACGCGUGUGGUGGUAUCCGUACACGCGGCGCGCCGUGGUCUGGGCGGCCGAGAAGGACGACGAUGAGCCGCUGCGCGACCCGCCGGACUCGUAUUACGACCGCGCGCUCGGGUACUACGUGUACCAUAACCUGCUGUACCUGGCGCAGUUCGCGCCGCGCGUGCUGCCGUGGGUCGAGUGGUUCGUGUUCGGGAUGCAGUACGGGUUCGCGGACGGCUGCACGACGCGCGCCGUGCAGCCCAGCCGCAAGGCCCUGCUCAUGAACUGCCUGUACUCGCAGUUCGUGAACGAGUGGGCCGUGCCGCUGGACAAGGGGCCCGAGGCCCUGCGCCGGCUGAGCAGUUGGCUGAACCGGCUCCCGCCGAGCGAUCCGGACUACGUCGACCACGGCAUCCCGUUCUCGGCUGAGGGGCUGUACGUCCAUGCUCCGGUCGAGGUGAGGGUGUCUAAUACGAGCCCGUCGAAUCCGAAGUCUGCGGUUCCAAAUACGAGGCCGUUUCUCGAUCCGACGGCGGAGGAUACGCCGACUUUGUAUCUGAAUGCUACGCUGUAUAGGCCGUAUCACACCGACCCCCCGUGCCGCGAGAGGUACUACGAGGCGUUUGAGUGGCUGAUGCGGGAUCUAGGUGGGAAACCGCACUGGGCGAAGAACUUUGAGACGGAUGGCGCGGAGAUCGAGAGCAUGUACGGCGAUAACUUGAGACGGUGGCGCAAGGUCCGGGACAAUGUCGACCCGGACGGGAUGUUCGUUGGGGCUUGGCAUCGGCGGUACGUGCUUGAGAAAGGGUCUGUUUUACCGCUCGAGGAGGCGGGGGUUAAGGCAGAGAAGGAUAGUACGGGAGGGGUUCUUUUCGAAGGCGUUGUUGGGACUACUCGGUAGGGAUGGACUUUGGAAACGUUGAUUUAGAUUUAUGGCCAUCUUCCUCGGAGGUCUAGCAUUACAAUUGGUUAGGGUCGAAUACCUAUGGAAUGCUUGAGCCUUCUAAUUUCACAAUCCCUCGAUACAUUCUAUCAUGCAAAAUUUCUAGAUGAUGAUGAUACUGAUACUGUCCUUUCUUCCUAUAACCUUAGACUUCCUGAGUUUAGUCGACUCUAUUCUCUACAUGGCGCAAGGAGGUUAGUAGGAUUACAAUCGAGCAAAACAAACAGGU